GUGAAAGUUUAUUUCCACUCCUUUAAAAUCUAUAAUUAUUCAUUAGCAAACUAAAUAUAACGGCCUGUCUGCGAAAUCGGCUUUACGUUGUUUAAGUUAGCUGAGUUUAUUCCAGUUAAAAUGCUGCUAACAGUAGCUGUUGCUCCUCGGCGCUAACUCAUGGUCCUGUGGAUAGGCAUUCCUGCAGAACAACAGUUACAAUUCAGUCUGCUGUUUAAUUAUUCGGGUUUAAAUAUCUUAAUGAUAUUUUCAUCUUUUGUGUAGGUGAGUGAGAAAAUAAAAUUAAGUUCCAAGUGUUGGAAAGAGGAAUAACUCUAAAAGCCAUUAUUGAGUCUUUGUAUUUUUCCAGGCUUGGAUUUUACACAAGCGAAAAGUACGCAGCCCCCCUGGAGAAAAAAAAAGAAAAAAGAAAUCCCGACUUAUUUUCUCGAGAUCUUGCGCUGUUCUGACUGUCUGUGCUCCUCGUCAAUCCGCAUGCAGAUGUUACGUCUGCAUACUCAGCAUCUUCCUUAUCGAUACAUCCUACCUGUGGAAAUUCCGUCCGUUUUAUUUCGUCGAAGAUUACAGUAAGCCCUAUUUAAAUGAUUUAGAAUUGGCUUUCCUCAAGCUGCUCUGCUACUUCAUGUUGUAGGUUUACAUGACAGGCGGUUGUAAUCGCUUUAGUUUAGUCUAAUUACCAUUCUAUAAACAAGAAAGUCCCUUCAACCAAGAGAACAAAAUGUUGUUUUUGUGAGCUAUUUUGCCCCUUUUAAAUAUUUUGGUUUAACAAUACAUUCUUUAUUAAACCCUGCUAAACAUAUUGGUAUUAGGAGUGAUUGAAGCUGUGUAUUAUGGAGUCACCUUCUGCUCACACACACACACAAAUAUAUAUGUAUGAGUGUCUAUAUUAUUAAGCAGCAUAUGAAUAAGCUUUACCCUUUCAUUUCAGGUGCAGCGACCUGUGCAGUUUGAUUAAUACAUUUUGACGGUGCGCUACAUUUGAAAACUGCCAGACAACUUAUUAAUGUGCAAAAAAAGGAAUUUACGGGGAUUAGAUGUCUGUAUUUAAUUUAAAUAAAAACGUGUUUGCAUGUCUGAUACGGUUUUAUUCUUACAACACAUUUUGUUUGAAAUUCAGAUAUAGUAAAACUGCGCUACCGAAGAGGACUUUUGUGAUGCAGGGUUUUAAUGCACCGAUAUAAUCACACAUUUUUAACAGGUAGACAUUCUGAUGAAAUAAUUUAGUGCAUCGAAUAGGGGACACGCUGAACAGGUCGCCAGUCUAUAGUUUAUUAAGAUAUUCAAAUGAAGGAAUCUGGUGGUUUUUAAAUAUUAAAUAUUUUUUUUAAAUGCUAACUGCUAAGCGCCACUUAAACCCCGGCACUUAAAGAAUGAUUUCCGAUUAUAUUUACUAACUGCUAUGGUUUUGUAAGCGUGACGGUAGCGAUUUUUGAAAGGUAACCCCGACAUAAAUGUCUAGAUGCGCUGCUAUAGUAUGACAAUCUGACGAUCUGUGCCAUCGUCAGAUUUUCCUUUGCGCUCUGCCACCAGGAGGAUUAUUGGGUAGCACAGAUAUUCAGAACAUGGCCGCUAAUGACUCACUUAUAUGAAAACCUUCUGUCAAGCACUGAUCGGAUGUUUAUAAAAGAAAACCUAUGAACCUCCUCCAUCGCUGCGAUUAUUUCAUUAUGUCUCUGACCUUUUGGAUCUCGAGAAAGAUAACAUGGAGGAAGGUCAGGACUUUUCCCUCCAUGGGAAAGCGGUAGUAAAUGAUGCUAAUCUGAGAGACGAAUACUACUGGAAGCUUAUUGCAGACUUCAUUGGUCCUCAAACAGGGGAGGGACUAGACCUGAACCAGGGGCCGUGCAAGAACAGACUGAUGGUCCAAGUUGGACUUCUGAGGGAGGACAAUAAUUUUCCCUGGCUCGCCAUCACAGAGUGGCUGAAGAAGAUCUUCCCCGCUCAUCAGUCAGCUGACUUCCGCUGUUUGAUUGAAAGAGGCAUUGCAACAACGCUGAGCCUGGGCAUCGAAGCCAGGUUUGCCUUUCUGGAUUCAGAUGUCAACUUCAACUUUGUUGGCCCGAUAUGCGACAGUAUCGGAGUGGAGCGCCAGCACCUUCUGGAGCUCAGGGAUUUUUCAGAGCGGGCACGGUCCAUCGAAGUCACAAAUGGACUGAUUGUGGAGUUGAGCAACUUUGUUGCCAGGGAAAAAAUUUCCCCAGUAGUCAUUGUUUCCUGGCUAAGAAACUUUAACCCAGAGUACUGUAAGAGUGGAGCCAUUCAGAAAGCAUACAAGCUCCUUCGGUCCAGGAUAAAGAAGCUGAAAGUUUACUGUCGCAACUAUGAAACGAGGAGUCACAGGAAGAAUGCAGCCAUUGAAAAAGUGCUUCAGAGUCCGUUUGAACUGGUUCCAAAGAAAUCACCAAAACUUUUUGUAAAGAAACGCCUGAGGAGGGAAGAUUACGAAAGGGUUACAGUCAAAGAAGAAGAUGAGUGCUCAGAAAUCUCCCAAGGUGAAGGUCUUGAGGUGCACAGGGAGGAAGUAGGAACUGCGCUGCAGAGAGGAAAUGCUGACGUGGGAGGCGAGGAUGACGGAAAGACAUCCAGCUCUGACCGUGGAGAAUCCCUGACUCUGCUGGACAUCGCCAUGCUGUCCGUCCAGAAGCUGUCCAGUGUUUAUGGCGGAAAAACUGAAGCGUGCAAAAGCGUUUCGUUGGAUCUGCUGAAGAAUCACUACGCUCUCACCUACAAAGAGCAUCCAGCCAUGGAAGAGUUUGAGAAAAAGGUGUCCGGUGUUCGGAAGGAGACUUCCCUCGUGCACCCGGUGGUGUUUUUAAACUACAACGCUAAUUACCUUGUUGAUCUGCACGAUGCGGUGGAGGCACAGAUCAUGAGCUUUGAGAAGGAGAUCAUCCUGUCCACAGGAGUGAAACUGGGCCGAGAUAAUCUUCCCAAGUUCAAGAACUUUGUCAGUUUGCCAGAAAGCGCCACGUCACGUUACAUCCACAUGGCCUGCGAUAUCCUGAGCCCAAUCAGCCCGGAGAAACCGAACUACAGAAAGCAUUGGGUGGCGUUCUGUGAGGAGAAGGGAAACCCCUCCAGACUCACUGUGAACCAAUCAAACAGACUGAAUAACUACUUUGAAGCAGCAGCAGGUCUUAUCCACCAUCACAAGGAGACGGCGCUCUUCUUUGCGGAUCUGCUGUCGAUUGCCAACGACCCAUGUCCGAACAUCAUCCUGGAAAGCGUUGCGGCAGACGCAAAUGACUCCAUGAUCCAGAGCUUCGUGUGUGUCGUGGCCAUAAUUUACUGCAAGAUCCUCGGCCCGUACUGGCAGCUCCUGAAGAGUGGAGGAGAGUAUGCGUUCUUCAGUCAGUUCCUGCUGUGUCUGUACCAAAGGUUCAUCGACUGGUCCAAAGAUCCCUCCACGCUGCUGGCACCGGAGGAGGACAGCAACGUCUUUCUGCAGUUCCCGCUGCAAGAGAAAAUCUUCACCGGGGUGUUUAGCUUCUGUGGCGAGUGGCACACAAACCGAGACCUGAUCCGAGCUUGUCUGAAAAGGACCAUCAAGGUGAUUGCUGCCGUCACUGAGGAACACCUGAAGAACUUUCUACCUGGAGGAAUGUUUUCCCAGAUCCCUUCCACUGAUGUGUGCUUGGAGUUGGUCAGCUGUACGUUCUCCGUCUUGAUGGCAGAGUAUCCUUUCGGCCAUGCGUAUCCAUACAGGAAGAAAAGGCCGGACAAGCUGUCCAAGAACUCCUCAAAGAGCCAGCUGGACAGCUCACAGGAAGACGAAGGCAUAUCCGGCAACAGCUCUGAUGAAGCUUCGAGGAGCAGAAACAGCUCCCAGUUAGGCCAGAAAGAGGAGCAAAGCCCUCAGGCGAGAAAAGGUUACAGAAGAGUCCCUGAGGAAGAGCAGGAGGAGAACAUGGACAGGGACUACAUUAUCGCCACAGUGACCAGAAACGGAGGUCCCUGCAAAACCCAGCAGGACAUUGAAAAAAUGCUGCUGCGCUUCGAUGGGAAGUCGCGACUGGAGAAACGGGAAGGACUUCGCUGCGAGAUCCUGUAUCAGAAGAUGGUUCUGAACAACACGAACCCACACCUGGACCAUCACUGCCUCAACUCCACCCAAAUGGCGCUGAAGCUAAAAUUUGCUCUCCCUCGUGUCAAACCUGGAUACUCGCUGGUGCUGGCGCCCAGGAAGACCAAGCUGAGGCCCUCCGGCCGGCGCGCUGCGGAGGACCGAGCCGCUCCGGCUGCCGGAGGCGGCCUGCUGCCGUCCGGAGAAAUGAAUCCGGACUCUUCCUCAACGGAGGUCGGGAUCACCAGCUGAGCUGAAACCAUACAAAGACUUCAGAUUUUCCACACUAACAUUCGGUCUUGAAAAUGUGAAAUUCUAUGCCACUCCAUGUUAGCAUGGAGCCGCAGCAAACAUUUCAGGAAAUGAAACCUUCGUAGUUCGUAGUUCAAACUUGUUCUCCUGUGUCAAAAUAAACAUUUUCUCUUUUUGUAUUGA